AUGUCGAGCAUUGAAGCCGAGGCAGAAGCGGCACUGGCCCCAUCAGCUUCUAUCGAAGGCCAAUCCCUUGAUCAUCUCGAUGACAAUAUUACUGCUAUGGAUACCGAGAUGACAGGUCCACUGACAUUAAGCGAUGAUAGAAGAACUAGAUCUCGCUCCUCGUCUCCGGCCAACCCAGAGAUGUCUAACUAUAACCGAAACGGCAACGCUGGCCGCAACAGCCGGGGCAACAUGGCCAACAUGACCCAGGCCAACUGGAGACCCAACAGAGAUGCGCAGGAGCAUCAACUGAACGGACAACCUCGCCAGGGACCUCACUUUCAAGGGCCUUCUCGCCAAGGUCCUCCUCCUCCUCGUAUCACUGCAGACAGCGUUCCUCUAAGCACUGUUUCGCCAGGAGCUGCCUGGCCGACCACCGAGCAGCUCAGUGUAGCAUACGGCUACGGUUACCGCCGUGAAGAUGGUUCUGUGACGAGACUGGUGCCAGCAGAUGAGCUGGCUUUCGCAAAUGUUCCGCCCCGACAAGGGGCAGAGGGCCUGAUAUUGGUCCCAGUCCCUGCACAGCAGGCACCAAACCUCCGGGUUGGGGAGCCCAUGGUCCCCACACAUGUUGUUCAAUCUCUUCCCGGCUUCGGCCGUCCCAGCGAGACUCAGGUGCAACAGCAAAUUGAUAACAUCGUGCAGUUGUCUUCGGCGUUGAUGAUCCCUCGUCGUGAGAAAAUUUACUGUGAUAAGUGGAUUCAUGAGGGUGUUUGUGCAUUCACGCAGAUGGGAUGCAAGUACAAGCACGAGAUGCCGACAGACAAAGCUACACAGAUCUCCUUGGGCCUUAACCAUGGAACCCCAAAUUGGUACCGUCGUACCUUUGGCAGUGUAACUGCGCAGUCCCCCUCAUCCACUCAGGCUGCCAUUGCAGGAGGAGGAGGCCCGCCCGCCCAUCACGGCAACCGCGGCAACCACGGCGGCGGCCAUGGAGGCAACCGAAUCGAAGGUCCGUGGCGAAGCGUCCGCACCCAGGGCGGCAUGCAAGGAGGACCCUCUCGACAGGAUGGCGGUGGUGCCCGCCUCGAUGUUGGCUUGCGUGGGAAUGCUCGUGGGGGCGGCCAGAACUUGGGAUUUGGCGCGAUUGCUCCCCCUCGGUACAACCCAGGAAACGGCAACAACGUCAACAGCAACCCGACCAACCUGAACAACCCGAACAACGCUGCCAAGAACCGUUUCUCUGGCCUCAAGAAUGAGGAGGAAGAUGACGAUGAAGAUGAAGAUGAGAUCACCUUCCAAGGUCGUCGCCAUUAA